AAAAAAAAAUCCAACAAACCACCCGUAAUUUCCGGAAAAGUGUCAUGGUUACGUUUUGCAAGAUGGCUGCGCCCGAGCCGGUAGAAACUGAUCUCCCCCUCACUUUGGGCCUCUUGAAUAAUCUCCGAGAUCAGGUGAUGGCUGUUACAGCUCAUGUACAGGGUUUGAUGAAGCGUGUUCAUGAAGGGGUAUAUGCCACUACUAAGGGCAUCAGUUUCUUGGAAGUAAAGUACCAAUUGUUGCUGAGCUACCUCAUGGAUCUCACUUACAUUAUCUUGCACAAAGUAGAAGGCAAGUCACUGAGGGAGGCAAAGGCGGUGUUGCGGUUGGUUGAGAUUCGAACGGUUUUGGAGAAGAUGAGACCUAUUGAUCAGAAGUUGAAAUAUCAGAUUGAUAAACUGGUGAAAGCAGCAGUCACAGGUCAUGUGGGUGAGAAUGAUCCAUUGCAAUUCAGACCAAAUCCUAACAACAUGAUGAGUAAGCUAAGUGAAUCAGAGGAUGAAAGCAGUUAUGAUGAUGAAGAUGGGAGUGCAGACAGAAAGGAUUCUAAAAUGAAAAAGCCAAGAAGUCACAUCAAGAAAUAUGUCCCUCCUAGACUGGCACCAGUCCAUUAUGAUGCUGAUGAGACAGAGACAGAGAAACAGAAGAAGGCCUUUGAGAAGGCCAGGAAAAGGGCUUUGAGCAGCUCAGUGAUCAGAGAGCUGAAGGAACAGUAUUCUGAUGCUCCACAGGAGUUUCGGGAAGACAAAAACUUUUACACAAUGAAACUCAACAAGGAGGAUGAGCAUAGAUUACAGUAUGAAGAGUCCAUGAUGGUGCGUCUGAACCUCUCAAAGAAGGAAAAAGCUCAUAGGAAGAGAGCACUUGCGAUGACAUCACAGCUCAGCUCACUGACUCACUUUGGAGACAUAAGUGCUUUAACUGGAGAGCCAGUUAAUACAGAUGAGGAUCUGCUCCCAAAGAUGAAGAAGAAGAAAGUUUCAACCAAAAAACAAAAAGGAAAGAAGAGAGCUUAG